AUGUCGAUCUUGAAGCUGCUUCCCUUGGCAUUGAUUGUGGCGGCCGGCGCGGACACUUCCGCGUGCCAGGCAGAUGACGUGGCGCUCCUGCAGGAGAAGCUGAAGACACAGGACGUCAAGGGACAGGAUGCCAAGGGGCAGGGCAACCUCGACUUCCCGGACCUGGGCGCACUGAAGGAUGCUUUGGGCAACAUCGCCGACCAGGUCACGGACUUCGCGAACAAGGGCAUUGAUCAGGUCACCAAUCAGCUUGGCGAUGCUCUUGAGGCAGCCGAUAACGAGGUCCUAGUCUUACAGGCGAAGUGCAAUGACUCCGUGGAGGUGUUCCGUGUGGCAAUGAAGAUGAAUGCCACCAUCGCUGAGAACAUCACGAGGCUGUGGUUCCCGGCUGUACCAGACGAGCGUGCGCCAGCAAUAGAUGAUGCCCUUUCGCAUACUGAAGUAAAUAUUCCUUCCGUGCACAUGCAGCCCUGCAUGGUGGAAUCUGUUAUAGCCAGCGAGGAGUCUUCGGGUGAUGGUCGCAACAGCCAGGAAAGCGAUGGGGGAGAGCAGUCCUCUACGUCCUCCGAGAAGGAUAUCCAGGCCAGUCUCAGUGCCGAGCAGGGCGAAGUAGUUGUGGCCCAGCUGAUUGCCGGAAUGGAGGCGUUCUGCCCAGACAUAAUCCAAGCCGUCCAUGCUUACCACGCCGUGAGGAGAUUCGGCCACGUUUUUCGGGCUCGGAAAGGAGCAUCAACAUGGCAUCGUCGAGUGAGCUUCGAGACGACAAAGAUAGACCAAUUUUGGAGUCACAGUUGGCACGGCCCAAAGUGGAACAAAGCUAUGACAGCUAUAUUUGUGAACAAUGGCAUGAAAGCAGCACUGGUGGCGACCCUGGUUUCGUUUCUUUUGAUGUUUCUUCAUGCCUACCGCAUAUUGCCAACUCUUCAACUAGUCAGGGGCACACGGUUUUAUCCAAUGCAUUCGUAUUGGAUCCGGGUCAUUUGCUUGGUCGUGUACUUCGUGGCCUUGUUCUUCUGGACGCCCCGGCAGAAGAUAUUCCUGGAUGUCUUGUGCAUCGAUCAGGUCAACGCGAGACGCAAGGCACUCGGGCUGGCCAGCAUGGGUGCAUUGCUCAGGGCCUCCGAUUCUCUAGUUAUCUUGUGGGAUCCAUCAUGGAGCCGCCGCCUCUGGUGUGUCUUUGAGCUCGCAGCAUUCUUGCAUAGUUGUCAUGUCGAUGGGAGAAAGGUAAAGCUGACCAUCAGGCCAACCUUGUUGGGCCCCUGCUUAAUGUCCAUGCCGAUUGCUUUAUCCUUUGUGAUGCUCCCGAUGAGCUUCAUCCCCGACGAAAGGGUCCUUCAAGGGGCCGAUCCAUACCGGCUGCGGUAUUUCGUUUUGUGGCCGUUAAUUGGGCUUUUCAUUUUAAUAUUCUUCUUCUUCAGCGUGAUGAAAGUACGAGCGUACUUCCGUUAUGUGCAGGAGCUGUUGCAAAAUAUCGGCAAGUUUGUCGUCAGCGACAGCAUAUCCCACUGCUGCACUGUGGGUCAUGUAUCUUCGACUGGGGCCCAGAUGGUCUGUGAUCGCCGUGUCAUUCUCCAGUGCAUCACAACUUGGUUCGGCAGUGUGGAGCGUUUCGAAUCCCAUGUGCGGACAGAUGUUCUGCAAUGUCUUCAAGACCAGCUUUCCAGAGAGGUUUUCACGUACAAUCAGAUCGCGGUCUCAGCACUGCCCAUGUUUUGGCAUUACAUGGACGCAGCCGCAUCGGCGCACUACCAUUACAUAGGAAUUGGUGAGAGGCCUCUUUUCGGAGCCAUCCGCGAGUUCGUCAGAGGUCUUGGCUGGGCCUUUGGUGUGGUACCUGUGGUAGUUUUGCUCACUGUCAGACUGUCCUGCCUAUUGCAACGCCGACGCAGCUGCGUCCUUUGCGACAUAGUGGUCAACCUCCUCAUCAUAGCAGCAAUCUUCCUCUUCGUCUUUGUAGCUCUGAUGUCUGAGCAGUUUUUCUGGACGCUGAACUUGGAGGAUUUGGAGCCAGGGCAACUAAGCCCAUAUGAGCUCCUCCCCGGGUCGGCUCUCUUCAGCAUUGUGAUGCUCUCCAUCGCUCUGAUAUUUUUCACGAUAAGGGUCAAGAAGCUUGCGGACGAAACCGUGGGUGCGCUGAUGCCGCUCUACAAGACCAUCUCUGAACAGGUGACCAAUGCCUUCAGCGCUGCAACGACCCUCCUGAAGCCCAUUGGCCUCCAUGACGAGGCCGAGAAGCUCACAGCUUGCGCUAAGUCAGCUGUUGAUUACCUCACCAACCUCAAGGAGAAGGCCGCAGCAACCUUGACAGACCUCAAGGAGGCUUCCGAGGAGAACUUGGCACCGACCCUGGCUAAGCUGAAGGAGAACCUGGGUUCGGCGAGAUCUACGGCCGCCAGCUUCACAUCCGAGUUCGAUUCCACCUUCCAGGGCUUCGCCGACAGCUUCGUGCAGGCGGUGCUGAAGAAGCUCCCGGAGGACAAGAAGGAGACUCUGGGUGCCAACAUCCAGAACUCUGCUGAUACCUUGACUGGCAAGGUGCACGAUCUCUGCGAAGACGUCAGCAAGCUGCUGGACGGCGCCAGCAGCGGCCUCGAGCACAGCGCCCUCAGCGUGGAUCCGAAGCUCGGGGCGGCCAUGGAGGCCGAGGUCUCCUCCCCGGGCUUCUUCGGUUCCAUCCUCAACUUCUUCAAGCGCCUCUUCCGCUGA